AGGUAGGUAGUUGAUCUUCCUAGAUCACAAAACAUACUCUUUCUAUAGUGUCUAAUUAAAUAUUAUAAAAAAUGGGUAAAAAGAAAAAUAAAAAUAAAGUAAGCGGCGCCGUCAAAACCGCUAAUAAAACAGAGAAAAAAUUGGCAAAUAAACUUAAAAAGGAGCUAGCUAAUUUAGGAGAGGAAGAUAUUGCAAAAGUGAUAGCUGAAAUUGAGCGGGAAGAAGCCAAGCGUGCUGCAGCAUCAGAGAAAGCGUUGCCUAGUCCAUCAACCGCUAGAGCAUAUGCCUCCCUUACGCCUCACCCAACUAAUAAUGAAUUGAUUUUGUUUGGUGGUGAAUUUCAUAACGGAAAACAGACUGAAGUGUACAAUGAUCUGCUGUUCUUCAAUGCUGCAAACGGUACUUGGAAGCAAGUUAAAGCUCCAGGAUCUCCACCGCCAAGAAGUGCUCAUCAAGCUGUUGCUACUCCAGCUAAUAAAGGGGAAUUGUGGGUGUUUGGUGGAGAAUUCACAAGCCCUACUGAGACUCAAUUUCAUCACUAUAAAGAUUUAUGGUGUUUUUCACUAGCAGAGAAGAAGUGGGAAAAGGUUUUAGCUCCGAAUGGCCCAUCCGCUAGAUCCGGUCACCGCAUGGUGUUGAUGGGCCGGAAAUUGUUCGUUUUUGGAGGCUAUUGUGACGAUGGAAGAGAAUGUAAAUACUUUGAUGACUUGUACACAUUUUGUUUGGACACACGAGAAUGGACCAAGCUAACACCGAGCGGUAGAGGACCCACUGCGAGAUCUGCAUGUGUCAUGUUACCGGCCGGGAAUGAUUCUCUCGUGAUCUACGGCGGGUUCUCCCGCGUGCGCGAGGGCCGCAGCGAGCGCGCGCACACGCACGCGGACGUGUGGCGGCUGGCGGCGCGCGGCGCGGCGUGGGCGUGGCGCGCGGCGGGCGCGGGGGCGGCGCGCGCGGGGCAGGCCGGCGCCGUGCCCGCCAGCUGCGCGCGCGCCUACGUGUUCGGGGGCGUCGCCGAUGUCGAAGAAACGGAUGAAGAAUUACGUGGAGAAAUGAGCGAUGAAUUAAAAGUGUUAGACUUGGAAACGUGUCGCUGGCAUCCGGUCGUCCUGCGAGCAGACAAUACUGACGCUGGUGCAGCGAGCCCCGCGACAGUGGCGCCAGAGAAACCUAAGGAACAGGAAGAAAUCACAGUGGUAACGGACGAGGUGUUCAGCAUGCGCGUGUGCGCGCCGGCCCCCGAGGCCCCGCGCGCGGUGCGGCGCGACCGGGCGGGGCCCGCGGGGGGCCCUUGCGGCCGCAUGUCGGCGGCGCUGGCCGUGCAGCGCUCGCAGCUCUACGUGUACGGCGGCGUGCUAGAGCGGGACGACAAGCAGUUCUAUCUGGGGGACAUGUAUUCGCUCGAUUUGCACAAAUUAAAUGGAUGGAAGACAAUCAUCGAACAGCCACCGUUACCGGAUUGGCUCGGGUCUGAUUCUGAAGAAGAGUCGGGCUCGGAGAGUGAGACGGACGACAGCGAAGAAUCAGAGGUGGACUAGAAUAAAGAACAUUUACGUUACAAAUGUAACCGAUCAUUUUAAAUCUUAUCAAUUAAAAUAUAAAUAUAAGGAAUAAAUGGAGAAUAAUUACAAGCAUUUCUUAAU